CUGAUAACACGGAGGAGGGAAUCAACACCGCUGCCAAGACCUGAACCAUUACAGCUCGUUUUUUCCUCCGUUGGCAGAAAUAAUUACUUCAACAGUUUGUUUUACACAUUUAUUUUCAGAAUUUUUGGUCAGCAAAGGUUAUGUUGGGAACAAAAUGGUUGAUUAAGGAUCUCUGCGGCCUGCAAAGACACUUCUGACUCUGGAUAUUUGUCUGCAGUACUAUCUCUCUCUGCUGUUCAAUGCAGUAGGUCGCAAUGCUGUCAAAGACGGAGAAAGACCUGAUUAAAGAACUAUGGGAAAGACUCACUCCUGUGGCCGAGGACAUUGGCUCAGAGGCACUUCUUAGGAUGUUUGUUUCUUAUCCAGGCACCAAGACCUAUUUUUCUCACCUUGACAUCAGUCCAGGCUCCUCCCAUCUGAAAUCACAUGGGAAGAAGAUUGUCCUGGCAAUAACAGAGGGAGCCAAAGACAUCAGCCAGCUGACCGUCACCCUGGCUCCUCUGCAGACUCUGCACGCCUACCAGCUCCGGAUAGACCCCACCAACUUCAAGCUGCUCUCACACUGUAUGCUUGUCACCCUGGCCUGUUACCUGGGCGAAGAGUUCACACCGGUUGCACACGCAGCGAUGGACAAGUUCCUGUCAGCUUUUGCAGCCGUGCUCGCCGAGAAAUACAGAUGAGAUCCAGCCAUCUCAGUUCAAAAUAUUUUAGAAGACUUUUUAUGCUUUGUAAAAUAUAUAUAUAUAUAUAUUAUAUGUCUGUAUUUGUACUUGUUAUUAUAAUAUUGUAUUAUAAUAAAAGUCUGUAAUUAACAUGUUUUUAUUUAUGCUGUUUAAUCACUUUAUGGAGUAUUAAAGGAUUUGUGGUUUCA